AUGGCUGCCUUCGGGGAAAGCAGCAGCAGCAGCCGCCGCGGCGCGCCGAGGCCGGAGUGGGGCGAGGCGGGGCAGCAGGUGCUGGACGAAUUCACCGCCCCGGCGGCCCAGAGCGCCUUCCUGGAGCGGAGCCGCGGCUGCAUCGAGGGGCUCUUCCGGGUGCGCCUGGCCGUGCUGGGGGAGCUGAGCGGCGGGGCCUGGCAGCCCCGGCAGGGCGAGCGCCGCAUCUGGCUCAGCCUCCUCGGCCAGCAGGAGAGAGUCCGCAACGCCAAGGAAUACAUUAAAGGGCUUUGUGAACCCGAAUUAGAAGAGAGGGAGUAUUAUCCCAAAGAUAUGCAUUGUAUAUUUGUAGGGGCCCAGAGCCUCUUCUUGAAUUGCCUCAUUCAGGAUACCUGUGCUGAUAUCAGCAUCGCAGAGAUGGGGCUGCUGAAUAUCAAAGGCACAGCUGAGCCCGUGGUCAUGGCCAGAAGCCACAUUCAGCAGCUGGUGAACCUCUUCAGAAACAACGAAAACCUACCAAACGGCCGAGAGCCAGAAGUCAAGAAGCAGUUCAAACAACUUGUCGAGGCCCAUGCGGAUAAGUACACAAUGGACUUGUUGAUCCUACCGAGUUCACUGAAAAGAGAACUACUCAACCUCGCACAGAUCAACAAUUGCAGAAUGGAAGACAAAAUCAUAGACCUUACUGAAGCUGAUGGGUCACCGGAACGUCUGCCAAAUGAAACUCCGAAACCAUGCUCAACGAGCUGUGAUUUCAGAACAGGACUGGAGGAAGCACGAAACAAGGCGGGCACCCCCGUCACGGAGCUGACAAAGCAGAUGGACAUUGUCUUCCCUCAGAGCCCAGAAAAGCAUUUUGUACCCAUAAACGGUCUAACUUCACUCGAGACACCUGUUGGCAAAGAGAGGCAGUCGUGUAAAAGGAGAUCCUCAGAAUCUGAGGAGCGGCGUCCAAAGAAACAGUUUUCUCUGGAAAACAAUCAGGAGAGCAAACGGACGGCGUGCAGCCCGCCUGGUAACGUGAUAGUGAUCAGUCCGGUUGCCGACAGAAGCGACAAGUCAGAGGAUCCGAACCCAUGCCCUAAAGAAGGUGAUGAGAUAACCGAGGAAAUGGAAUACAGGAUUUUGGUCAACUUUUUCAAAAGCAUGGGCUAUUCUCAGCACAUUGUGGAGAAAGUGAUUGGCGAACUCGGACAGCUGGCUGAGCCCCUCCUGCUUCUGGAAGAAAUUGUAAAAGAGAGUAACAAGUCCUCGAAAGAGAACGAACUGGCUGCUCAGGCCAUUGGGACGCAAGCCUUGAAAGGCAAAGGCAGUCCCAGCAACCACCGCCACCGUGACCCGGGCCGUAAUUCUGAAGAGCCAAAAAAUGCCAAACACAAUGUGCUAUCUCCUCCUGGGGCCCAGUCCGAGACUGAACGCGAAUCGCAUUUGCGAGGCCUAAAUGAAACUGCCCUUGGCUGUGACAAAAAUCCAGUGCACAAAGAUCACCACGGUUUCUUCGGCUCGCAUAAUCGUUCCGAACAGUCUCGCGGUUCCCAGAAAAGUGCGAUAGAAAGUGAGGGCCAUGCGAUAGCACGUGACAAAUCUCAGGGGUUCAUGAAAGAUAGACCCAAAGAAGUCAACCUGGUAGCAAGAGGGGCCACAGAAAUGUCUCGCCAGCCAAUUCAGAAAGAAACCGUGGUGGGUCAAACAUGUGCCAAUCAGUCAGCCAUGAAGGGCUGGUGUCACCCUUCACAGCACAGAGCCAGGGAGCUCCCUUCUCAUCAAGCGAACCCGCCUGAGCAUUCUGCUGCUAACCCAGAAAGCAGACCGGGGGUUUCGUACAGUCAUCGCACUGACCCUUCGGUCACCGGAGUUCAGAGGUUUCUGGAAUCCCUGAAAACACCUUACAAGCUGGAACUGAAAAAUGAACCGGGCAAAGAACACUUAAAGCAUGUCAUACUAGAUGGUAGCAACAUAGCAAUCUCUCACGGACUAAAUAGGUUCUUCUCGUGCCGGGGGAUUGCAAUUGCAGUGGAAUAUUUCUGGAAACGCGGCCACCGAAGGAUUACCGUGUUCGUCCCGCAGUGGCGAACAAGACGAGACCCUUCCGUCACAGAACAGCACUUCUUAACCCAACUCCAGGACGUUGGUAUUUUGGCCCUCACCCCUGCAAGGGUUGUAUUGGGAGCCAGGAUCGCAUCUCACGAUGAUAGAUUUUUGCUCCAUCUUGCUGAGAAAACCGACGGGGUGAUUGUUACCAAUGAUCAUCUGCGAGAAUUUGUGGAUGAAUCAGCAUCCUGGAGAGAAAUUAUUCAAAAGAGGUUGCUCCAGUACACAUUUGUUGGAGAUAUCUUCAUGGUUCCUGACGAUCCUAUGGGGCGGAAUGGACCAGGAUUGGAGCGUUUCCUUCAAGAUGAGCCCCGUGUCAGGGGUGUUCCGGCACAUACCCACCUGGCGAGUGGAUUCCAUCCUUCCCCUAUGAAGCGGCACUUCCUGAUGGAGCCUAACGGCAGCGGACAAUCGGCAAACGGCUCGUUAUCCGGUCUCUUGCCUUCCUUAUUCCCACCGACACCCCUGCCUAACGCAGCUGUCCCCCCGCAUCCAAGAUCCGCCGCGGAAACGAACCACUUGAAAGAAGCCUUGAAAAAAAUAUUCCCUACCUCCGAGCAGAGGGCAAAGAUCGAGGCGAUACUGGCUCAGCACCCUCACAUGAGGGACAUGAACGCACUGUCCGCCAUGGUGCUCGAUUUAGUGUGACAUGAUACGACCGGGAACCCUCAAAUUUGCAGUUUGGAUUGUUAAUACAAAGAUAGUUCUAAGCUGGUGCCAGGCUAUCUGUGAACAGUCAAAGCUUAAUCCUUUUGUAUAAAAAACAAUUGUGAAUAUUCAAAGGAUGCGCAGAUGCCAGCUUUUCCUCUUUUUUUCCUUAUUCGUUUAAUUUAUGUUGCUUUUAUGAAUUUGUAUCGAUGAGUUUGUUUUGAAAGAGAACAAAUCUUUAUUUCC